UCGAGCGCUUACUUGUCGAAGAGCUUUCGUGCUGAGCGGUUGGUGCGGCGUGAAUUGCCUGCUUUUGGUUUACUUUGCUUAGUGAUUCGAUCGUUCGAUUAUUGUGUGUGUGGUGUGCGAUCCAGUAAGUUUGCUAUUCGCUAUUGUCGGUCGUUCGUUGUUGGCGGUGUCACGCGUUUUCUGAGCGUUUCGAAGUUUUUAAUUGAAUAAAUUUUUACGAAUUUGCAAAUUAAUUUGCAUUAUUUAUUGCCGAAAAGAAAGAAAAACAACAACAAAUAGUACGAAAAUUGUGUGUAAAAUAAUAACGUUUACUACAUACAUACAUACCUACCCUACAUGCGCAUACAUUUAUGCCUGUGGACCUGACUGUCUGCGGAUUAAUAAAACCUCAAUUAAGGCAAUAAUAUUUGCUUAAAACUACAUUCAAAUAAAAAACAAAUUCUGUGAGACAAUGCAAAGUGCUUGACAAAAAGAUAUAAAAAAACAACAACAAGCACAACGUAAUAGUUUUCAAUUAAACAAGUGAGGAAGAAAGUACGUGUAUAGUAGAAAGAAACCUCACCAUAGUGACACACAAAUACAAAGUGAAGCAAAAUAUAAAUAUUUUCUAAGCGGAUUAGCUGAGGAAAAAGUAAAACAAACGCGCUCCACACUACAAAAACCACCAAUUGUUGGGAGAAGGAACUUGAUUAGCUGACGGCUGUUUUUAUCAUCUGAAUUCGUCUCGGACUUUUCAUCAUUAAAAAGCUACUUUCACUAAAGUUCGCCAUAUAAUCAGCUGAUUCGCACAUCAACUCCUCUCCGCUUUCUGUUAUCUACGCCCCGCAGCUAUAUUUGGGCGCUUUGGCACCAGUUGCUGCCGCACCUAGUCACUAGAAACACACCACAAUGCAGUCGUUACGUACACACACACGAGCUUUAAAGCUGUCAAUAGUCUACGCCGCUUUGCUGCUACUCUGCUGCCUACUCGUUGAGGGCUCCCCCGCGCCGAGCAAAGAAGCAGUUAGUACGGUAAAUGCUACAACAGCUGACAGCAACAACUACAACUGCCCAGCUGAUUGUCAAUGUGUUCUGGCGCAAAACACACACACACCGCUGCUGCACGCGAAAUGCACCAGUUUGGAGGGUCUGCGUUUAUACGAAGCCAAGGAAUCCUCACUGCCCAUACACUCGCUGGACUUGUCCUAUUUGAAUUUGAAACGCUUGUCGCAUCCGCUAGAGAAGCUACCCAGCGUCACAUCGAUAGAUCUGUCGCACAAUGACCUCCACGAAUUCGGACAUUUGGGACGUCGCAUUAAGAAGCUGAACCUCAAACACAAUCGCAUAACAUCGAGCAAAUUGACCAAACUGCCAGCGCAUGUGCAAGUUUUGAAUCUACAGCAUAAUGACAUCACAUAUUUGCCGUUGGAUUUGACACAUCUGUCCAAUUUGAUGACACUCGAAUUGAGUCACAAUGAAAUUAAUUGCUCCUGCGAAACAUUGGAGGUGCGCAACUGGCUGCAAGAGCGCCAUGUCUUCAUGGAACAUGCCGUCAUCUGUGCAUAUCCCGUUGAAGUUAAAGGUAAGUCGUGGUUGCAGGUCAAACAGUCGGACAUUUGUGAGCACGAGAAGAACGGACGCCUCAACGAUGAGGAGGAUAAUGAGCUGAUGAUGGGCGAUCAGCCAGUUGAGGGUUCGGGUGAUCAGGACGAUGAGGAUGAGUUGGGUAAAGCAUUCAUGCCAAUCGAAAAAUCGAGCACUGCGAAAAAUAGUGUGGCACAGCUCGAUACUGUCGAGGGUUCGGGUGAUUUGAGUGAUGUCAAUGCGCCUGUGAAUUUAGCCAUAACUACCGUUUUGCCAGCUGUGGAGAGUUCGCAAGAACAUGUUACAACCGAUGCGCCACCGCUACCCAUCGAAGAGGAUGAUGGGGAUGAUGGUUCCGGCAGCGGUGCUGGCAUACUUAUCAUUCCCAGUAUUGGACGUGAUCGUAUGAUUCCAGAUGAUUUCGAAACACCCAAUGAGGAUGACACCGAUGACAAAUACGACAAUAAACCGUUGGAGGAGCCCAAACCUGAAGAGGAAGAAGGGGGCGAACACAAGCUGUCAGCUGAUAUUUUUGGCGGCGGUAUGGGCAUAUUCGAGACCGACGAGAAUGCUGAGAAAACUCCAGAACCGGUUACAGAGGAAGCGAUUGUACCGGUUGUACACCACAACGUUGAGGCAGAAGAUGUGCCCGAUGUAAUUACCGAAGGUGCAACAAAUGGUGAACCCAGCGCCAUACUGACCGCAAAUGUGAGUGGCGAGCAGAAGGACGACAGCAACGCUACAUAUUUGCUGUUGGGCGUGCUUGGCUUCAUUGUUGUCGGCUUGAUACUCUAUGUAGGUAUCAAGCGUUGCAAGAACAGUCAUAAUGCCGCACACGAUGCUGAAAAUCCACGCCAAACCGAAUUACUCGAUAUGGAUAAAAAGAAUUUGGGCAAGCCGUUGCGUAAUGGCAACGAACACUCGCCACUCAUUGGCGAUCAAACCAAAUCUGAUCUCGCGAAACCGAUCAAUGGCACCGGACAAAAGAAACCCUACGACGCGAACGAUGUAAAAGACGGGCCCGCCCAACAACAACCACUGCUGAACGGCAGCAAUGCCACAGCGCCAAACGAUGAAGUGAGCAAAGAGCAGGCAGCACCUGUGACCGAAGCGUCCGCACCGCAUGAAUACCAUCCGAUCACGCCGCGCUACCCCACACCGAAGUCGCCACGUGCCUCCAAAUAUGCACAAUACCCGCAAGAGGGUGCCGAGCACAACAACAACAACAAUGAUGAUAGUUAUCUGCCUUCGUCGCCGAAAUUAGGCCGUUACUCGCCGGUGUAUUCACCAGAAACGGGACGCGUCAAAAUCAAGCUGACCGAAACACCCCGCCCCAAAACACCAAUGUUGGUUACGCGCAGCAAAUCGAACGCGGGCGAUAUCAUAACGACGCCUGUAGCGGCAACGAACGGCAUUGAUAACAACAACACUCUGACUGUGCCCGGCGUGCAUGCGCCCACAGCGACGCUGGUAAAUGGCCACUAAGCGGUGUGGUGUGGCGCGAUGCGUUGCGCGGAAAAGUGUGCGACGAGCCGUACACGAGGCGCUGCCGCUCGCGUCAAAACGGUGCUAAACGAACUAAAAGCUACUAUAUUAAAAGUUUAAACAAAUACCAACAACAAAAACAAAAUACUAACAUCUUGCAGCGCAAAUUGUAUAACAAAAGACUUCGAAAGGAAUUCGUAUGCAAUUCCGGUAGGAAGUAAGGGUUAGGGUGGUUUUCAGUUGUCUAGUUUGAAAAGUGUUGGAGUAACGGCUUAUUGGUGUUGUGGGCGCUUAGGGUUAGAGUUUAAGUACCAUAGCUGGUUCCAGUAACAUUUUUCGCAGUUUCGGCAUUUUUCGGCGAGCUUUCGGUACUUGAGCUUUGUUGGCACUCUUGUGAAAGCUUAGUAUACGUAGCAAUAAUUUUCAAAAUAUUACAGAAACCAAUAUUGCACUUUAAAAUUUUUUAUAUUUAAAUAAUUUUGUAUUUUUAAUUUUUUUUGUUUUAAUUUUUUUAUUUUAAUAUUUUUGGUUUUAUUUUUGUAAUUUUAUUUUUAGUAUUUUUUCUUAUAUUAAUUUUUUUUGUUUAAUAUUUUAUUUUAUUUUUUAUUGUAUUUUUUUUUGUUCUUAUUUUAUUUUGUCUUUUUUUUUGUUUCUAGUUUUUUUAUUUUUGUUUUUUGUGAACAAACUUUUAUUCAUUUUUCACCACUGUAAUAAAUGUAGGACUAUUGUGGUGAAGGAGAGAACAAUUGUGCCAAGGAAUUGUGCCUUAAAAAUAGUUGUUUGCAAAUUAAAUACUAAUUGUAUAUAUACCAGUCAAACAACAACAACAACACAAUAUUAUUGAAUAAGGUGAAGACAUUGCUCAUAAGUAUUAAAUAGUUGACUAAAGUUGCUCAGUUAAAUAAGUUUCUAAAGGUUAUGUCCACAUAACUUCUAAAGAAUUUAUGUGUGAAAAUAUAAUAUAUACAUAUGUAUGUCUUAAAAUGAAAAAUUACGUAAAAUCAUUUUUUAUAAGUUUACAGGCGAAGAAAAACCUUUGUACACAAACCACUUAUAUUGGCACAAAAUUUGGCUUUUGGUUAUAUAUUGGUUAUAAAACAGUUAUAUAUUGGUUAUAUCUUCAAAUUUUACGAUAUUACAUAUAUAAAAUGCUGUAGUGAAUCGUAAGCAAUAAAAAACUACUCUGGCAAACUUGCGUGGCUAAGCCCACAGUAAACAGUGACAUAUUUAGUUUACAACAAUACUUAAAUAAAUCAAAACAUUUGCGAAAUCGCGAGAUAUUUAAUCUUCAAGCAAAUUUGCUUUUCAAAUAAACAUCAUUUGUAUAAAAAAAAUAUCUUGUUACCAUAUACUUUCUACAUAUGUAUGUACAUAUACUAAGCAGCGAACGCAUUUAGAACGCCAUGAGCCGAUCUAGCAACUCAUCCCUCAGAGUAUGCAUUGUACGAGUAUGUUCCGAAUCAAAGUUCAAAAAUAUGCCACAUUUAAGUUUAAUAACAAAAUUGCAUAAACUUUUGAAAAACUGCGAAGAAUAGCAGUGAGUCCAAGCGCCUUAUGACAUUUAGUUAGAAACCAACACUUUUUAUUUAAAAACCCGCCAAACCUAACCUUCUUCUGCCAAGCUGCGCGUAAAAGAUAAAAAUGGAAAAAGAUCAGCCAACUGUUGAAGACAAAACUAACGAAAUUACAGUUAGAAAAAGCAACAUUAUAAUGUGAUAGGCUAAUUAUAUACAUACAUACAUAAAUAAAUUAUUUAAAUAAUAAUAAAUAAACUAUUUCUUUGUAAAUGCCAAACGCAGUUUUGUAAAAAAAAGUUCUUUAAAAAAAUAUUUGUUACUUACAGAUAAUUGUAUAAAGCGCGAAGGCAAGCAGAAAGCUAAUGUGAAGUUUUAUAUGUAAAAGUUAAAAGUUUAUAAUAAAAAAAAAUUAUUAAAUUGCGAAUUAUAUAUUAAAGUCCAAAUAAAUAUAUAUGUAUACAUGAAACUAUAUAUAGAAAUAAAAGAAAUAUAUAUAAAAAAAAUUAUAUAUAUAAAAUAUAUUAAUUAAAUAUGUUUAUAUAUUUAAUACACACUUAUAUUUACAGUUAUAUACGUACAUUUGUAGCUGAGAAAAUAUUAUAUAUUUUUCGAAAUUGUUUUUGUAACGACGUGUACAUUCUAAAUAUAAUGACGACGAGCUGUGCGUGAAAGCAAAAUAUGAAAAACAAAAAAAUAUUGUAAUUUUGGUAUAAAAUUAGUUUUAAGCGACAUGUUUUAGCUAACGCACAUAUCAAGAAUUUUGAGUCAACAACAAAAAAAGAA